UGACGAUGAUGAUGAUGGGGGGGGUCCCCGGUGCCCCCCAGUGUGGGGGGGUUGGCGUCGGCCCCGGGGUCAGCAUGGUGGUGGGGGGCGGUGCUCUGGGUCUGGGCAGUGCCAUGUCCCCGUCGGCGGGGGUGCUGCUGCCGUCGGCGUCGGCGCCCCCGGUGGUGGGGGUGUCUUUCAUCAUCCAGAUCGGCCUCACCAGGGAGUCCGUCUUCCUGCCCCAGAGCGCAGACCUGGCCUACGUCAAGCAGAUCGCAUGCUCCAUCGUGGACCAGAAGUUUCCAGAGUGUGGUUUCUAUGGGAUGUACGAUAAGAUCCUGCUCUUCAAGCAUGACACCGGCACCAACAACAUCCUACAGCUGGUCAAGGCAGCAGCAGACAUCCAGGAGGGGGACCUGGUGGAGGUGGUGCUAUCAGCCGCGGCCACGUUUGAGGACUUCCAGAUCCGGCCCCAUGCGCUGAACGUCCACUCAUACCGCGCUCCCGCCUUCUGUGAUCACUGCGGAGAGAUGCUGUUCGGACUCGUACGACAGGGGCUCAAAUGCGACGGUUGUGGCCUGAACUACCAUAAGCGCUGUGCCUUCAGCAUUCCUAAUAACUGCAGUGGUGCGCGUAAGAGGCGUCUGUCCACCACCUCCCUGACGCCCAGCAGCCAAUCGCUGUCCAUGUCCAUGUCCAUGCGCCUCUCCACCAGCGAAUCAGUGAGCGGCAUCAGCGUCCAGACCGCCCCCGAGGAGACCACCAGCCUCGUACGCUCGCACACACAGAUGCCGCGUACCCCGAGUGAGGCUCGUCGCUUCUACACGUGCAGGCCAGUGCAGCUGGACAAGAUGCUCAUGAGCAAAGUCAAGGUUCCCCACACGUUUGCAGUGCACUCCUACACGCGGCCCACAGUCUGCCAAUACUGCAAACGCCUCCUCAGAGGGCUCUUCAGACAAGGCCUACAGUGCAAAGACUGCAAGUUUAACUGCCACAAGCGGUGCGCCUACAAGGUUCCCAACGACUGCUUAGGAGAAACCAUAGGGGAGACUAAAGUACCAAUGGAGUACAGUAGUGAGUAUGAUACGUCUGGUGACUCGGAUAAGGCCUCUCUCAUGGACGACUCGGAUGAGUCCUGCAGCAUCCCCGGAUCCUUCUCACCCGACAGCGGACAGGACGGCAGCAGUGGCGACCAGAGUGCGAACAUCCCUCUGAUGCGAGUGGUCCAGUCGGUGCGGCAGACGACACGGCGCUCCAGCACCUCCAUCAAGGAAGGAUGGAUGGUGCACUAUAGCAACAAGGACACACUGAGGAAGCGGCACUACUGGCGCCUGGACUGCAAGUGCAUCAUCCUCUUCCAGAACGACACCAGCAACAAGUACUACAAGGAGAUUCCUCUAUCUGAGAUCCUGGAGAUGUGUCCUGCGUUGGACUUCUCGUUGGUCCCGGCAGGUGCCAGUCCCCACUGCUUCGAGAUCGUCACGGGAAAAAUGCGCUACUUCGUGGGCGAGGACCCCAACCCUGUUAUCACGCCUGUCUCCACGGCGACCAGUGCCACCGCCACGGCGACCAGCACGGCCCCGCCCUCCCCCAGCAGCGUGGCGCCCAAUAGCGGCGUGGGGCGGGAGGUGGCCAAGGCAUGGGAGGCCGCUAUUCGCCAGGCACUCAUGCCCGUCAUCUUCCAGGACGCGCCCCCUCCCGAGGGAAACACUCCACACCGGCAAGCUUCCGUCAGCAUCUCCGUCUCCAACAGCCAGAUCCAGGAGAAUGUGGACAUUGGCAUGGUGUACCAGAUCUUUGCUGAUGAGGUGCUGGGUUCGGGACAGUUUGGAGUGGUAUAUGGAGGUAAGCACCGUAAGACGGGUCGGGACGUGGCGGUGAAGGUGAUUGACAAGCUGCGCUUCCCCACCAAGCAGGAGUCCCAACUGAGGAACGAGGUGGCCAUACUGCAGAGUCUGCGCCACCUGGGCAUCGUGAACCUGGAGUGUAUGUUCGAGACUCCGGAGAAGGUUUUCGUUGUCAUGGAGAAGCUCCAUGGAGACAUGCUGGAGAUGAUUCUGUCCAGCGAGAAGGGACGACUACCCGAACGCCUGACCAAGUUCCUCAUCACACAGAUCUUGGCUGCCUUGAGGCAUCUCCACUUCAAGAAUAUUGUCCACUGCGACCUCAAGCCGGAAAACGUGCUGCUGGCCUCUGCUGAACCUUUCCCUCAGGUGAAGCUGUGUGACUUCGGCUUCGCUCGCAUCAUCGGCGAGAAGUCGUUCCGUCGCUCGGUGGUGGGCACGCCGGCCUACCUGGCCCCCGAGGUUCUCCUGAACCAGGGCUACAACCGCUCGCUGGACAUGUGGUCCGUGGGCGUCAUCAUGUACGUCAGCCUCUCCGGAACGUUCCCCUUCAACGAGGACGAGGACAUCAACGACCAGAUACACAACGCAGCCUUCAUGUACCCGCCAAACCCCUGGAAACAGAUCUCACCCGAAGCUAUUGACCUCAUCAAUAACUUGCUGCAGGUGAAGAUGAGGAAACGCUACAGUGUGGACAAGAGCCUCAGCCACACGUACUUACAGGACUACCAGGCCUGGCUGGACCUGCGUGAGCUGGAGAACAAGCUGGGCGAGCGCUACAUCACGCACGAGAGCGACGACAUGCGCUGGCAAUCAUUCGCCCGCGCCCAACAGCUGCCUUACCCCGCCCAUCUGGUGGCCCCGCCCACCAACGAGGAGGACGAAGACGAGGAGGGAGGAGCCGAGGACGCGGACAUGCAGGGGCUCACAGAGAGAGUCAGCAUCUUGUAGAGGAAGAGAAAAGGAGGAGGAGGAGAGGAGAGGAGAGGAGAGGAGAGAGGAGAGGAGAGGAGAGAGGAGAGGAGAGGAGAGGAGAGGAGAGAGAAGAGGAGGAGGAGGGAGGAGGCGCCGAGGACGGGGACAUGCAGGGGCUUGCAGAUGCAGAGUCAGCAUCCUGUAGGUCAGGGGUUCCCAACCUUUUCCAACGUGGGGCCCACUCGAAAUUGUCAAUAAUGUUCGGGGCCCACCUCUGACCCAAUUAAGAAUAAGAAUAAAACUCAAAUAAAUCAACAGCAACACACACCAAAAUAUGAUUAUUGUUUUUGGAAAAUGAUUUCAAGGCCCACUUGGAAUACCUUCAGGGCCCACUAGUGGGCCCCGGCCCAUAGGUUGGGAAUCACUGCUGUAGAGGAAGAAGAGGAGAGGAGCAGGAGGAGAGGAGGAGAAGAGAACGAGAGGAGGAGAAGAGGAGCAGGAGGAGAGGAGGAGAAGAGAACGAGAGGAGGAUGAAGAGGAGGAGAGGAGGAGAAGAGAACGAGAGGAUGGAGGAGAGGAGAGGAGGAGAAGAGAAGGAGAGGAUAUGUAUAUGUAUAUGCAGUCUCUCUACUCUACGUUUGAGAUAGUGCUGCUGAUAGACUGACUGGCAUCACUGGUCAAAGAGUCACACAGUUUGCAAUGCCUCCAAACCACUAUCAACCCCCAAUAAAGAACAAAGGGAUUUCCAUCAGCACCACAAUGCCCUUCCAUCACCAGCGGACCAAUACUGUCCAUCACCCCAUCACCAGCAGAACAACUCUGUCCAUCACCCCAUCACCAGCAGUAUAAUGUUGUCCAUCACCCCAUCACCAGCAGUACAAUGCUGUCCAUCACCCCAUCACCAGCAGAACAACUCUGUCCAUCACCCCAUCACCAGCAGAACAAUGCUGUCCAUCACCCCAUCACCAGCAGAACAAUGCUGUCCAUCACCCCGUCACCAGCAGUAUAAUGUUGUCCAUCACCCCAUCACCAGCAGUAUAAUGUUGUCCAUCACAGUUACCAGCCAGUCAUUCAUCAGCCCCUAUCACCAGCAUCUGAUACAUGUAAUACGUGCGUAGGUAUUUCCAUAGCCAAACCACACAGCAGAGAAGUGCUGCCACACAGGGGUGUAGCAGAACAUCUGGGCCCUAUAUACAAUCA